CCCCUCCUCCUGCGGGCAGCGGCGGCUGCGGGGCGCGCGGAGCUUCUCGUGCCGCUCGCCGGGGCCGCCAGGCCGGACUCGCAGCCCGGAUAUGGCUCGUGGACAGCAGAAGAUUCAGUCACAGCAGAAAAAUGCCAAAAAGCAAGCUGAGCAAAAGAAGAAACAAGGGCAUGAUCAGAAGGCUGCAGCCAAGGCUGCCUUGAUAUAUACCUGCACUGUCUGUAGGACACAAAUGCCGGAUCCCAAGACCUUCAAACAGCACUUUGAAAGCAAGCAUCCUAAGACUCCACUUCCUCCAGAAUUGGCCGAUGUUCAGGCAUAAAGUUGUCUACAGGUGAAAUCAUGGCACCUAUUGACUCUUCUACUGUCAGACCUUACAUAACAAACCUGCAGCUGCUUUUCUAAAACUGUUGAUGAGCAAAAAUGAAGGGGUUACAGAAACAUUCAUAUUUUUAUGCUGUUCCCUCUUGGGCUUCACGCAAAGACAAUUCUGUGUAAAUGUACAGUCGUGCCCUAUUUGGAAAUCCUGAAAAAAUCAGUCCAUACUUGUUAUAAAAAAUUUUUUACAAUUGUAAUUAUAUUGAUGUUCAUAUUGUGUAAAAUAACUCAUUUAAUAAAGUAGUACUUUGAUUUUACAAUA